AUGGCGCCACCCAGAGUCUUGUUGACAGGUGCCAACGGGUUCGUCGGAGGUCAUCUCCUAUCUUUCUUCCUGGAGAAAUCGUGCUCGAUGCAGGCUGUGGUUCGACCCGAAGCCAAAGCGAAGAGAGUCACGAAGGACUUCCCCGGCUAUGACAGGUUGAGGCUCGACUUCUCCAUCGUGUCCGACAUCACGGCGCCGGGAGCCUUUGACCAGUGCAUCAAGGACGCCCAGCCCCUCGACGCCAUCAUCCACGCCGCUUCCCCCCUCAACUUCGCCGCGGCCAAGUCACCUGGUGAUUUCAUCGACCCGGCAAUCCAUGGCACGACGGAAAUCCUGAAGUCGACCGCAAAGUACGCGCCCGGGCUCAAACGACUGGUCAUCACAAGUAGUUUUGCGGCCAUCGGGAACCCACUGGAUCUCCAAGGAAAUGGGAGAGUGUAUUCCUCCGAGUCGUGGAACCCUGUGACCAAAGAAGCAGGGAUACUCGGGGGAUCUUGGGAAUUCGUCACGACGGAGAAACCAGGCUUUGAGCUCGUCGUCCUCAACCCGCCCAUCGUGUACGGUCCCCUCAGGCACAUUGAUUCCAUGAGCGAUCUAAAUACGUCAAACGCGAUUCUUUGGAGGCUCAUGAAUGCCGGAAAAGGCGCUCCUGUCCCAGAUGACUCUCUGCACAUCUCUGUCGAUGUCCGGGACUUGUCGUUGUCACAUUAUCAAGCGGCCUUUGCUCCCGAGAAGGGAAUUUCCGGAGCUCGACUAGAAGACCCCCCUGGGAAUCCAGGGCAGCAUGCCUUGGCCUGCGGGCUCGUUCAAGGUCGACAAUUCGUCGUCGCGAGAGGUGCUGGGUGUGGCGUAUCGGCCGUUCGAAACGACUGUCGUGGAUACUGCAAGGAGUUUGUUGGAGGUGGCAAAGACAUUGACGGCAAAGGUGUGAGAUGGGGGACAAUCGACAUCUACGAGUUGCGAAAUGCAGAUCCCGUCCCAAUCCUUCACAUGGAUUCACAUCGUGUCCAUGUCGCACUACUGAACAAAUCGGCCUCGACUGCCGAAAGCGAGUGCUGCCCAUCCGGCAAUCAAGCACAUACCCCCAAGGGGAGUCACGGGGCCGAAAGCCUUGAACCGCUGAGGAUCCAGAACGAGCAGGUAAAGGCUCCCACUAAACAUUGUCAUCCCAGCGGUGAAAAGGGUGGCGGCGACCUGGGGGAAGAGGAGAUUUUAGAAUCAAGGACCCCAUAA